AUGCCCAGUGAGGAAAGAAACAUGCUAGUACAUGAUAUUGAGAUCAAAAAGGAAAAGCCAGCUGUUCCAGCAAAGCCGAAAAAUUUGAAAGUGGAUCACUUGAACAGGUCGACAAGUAUGAGUUCGCUGUCGUCUCCUAUCAGCCACACGACGUCCACUUUUUUGAACAGUUUGAUCGGAUCGCCGUCUCUGGUCAGCCUCCAACAAGCGUACAACUCUACUGAUUUGGGAUCUCAAGAGCUGAAGAAGUUGGAUGAGAAGCGAAUGGAGUCGAUAGGGUCGGCGAAUCGGCGCCUUUGUGAUUAUGAAGAUGAUCGACAUGCGAUCAGUGAUGAUAUGAAAGCGAAUGAACGGAACGGAGAAUUCCUGUUGAGUAUCAUUGAGAAACACGAUCCCGGCCUUGCCAACAAGGUCCGACGACAUCUGGACCAUUUCAAGGAGUUGUUACGAUUUGAGAUGAAGUUACGAUGUCUGAUGGCUAAAGUGUUGGAUCAUAUUCGUAAUGGAGGUGAUCAGGGAGAUGUGCUAAUGGAAGAGUCCCGACUUCGAAGACGUCUGGCUGACGUGAACUUUCUUCGAUUAACGUACGCUCGACGAGAGAGGGAUCUUGAAUGUGCUAUGUCGCGUUUUUUCGAAGAAGAAGAAAGUCGACAGUGGCAUUAUUACAAGGAUACGAUGAUUCAGCUGGUCCAAAGCGAAGAACAAAUUCGUGAAAGCAUCAUCGACUCGAAGAGACAUCUACGGUCACUCCACAAUACUCGACCGAAUAUUCAACAAUAA